CAAUUUUAACGCAAUCUUUCCUCGCUUGUUUUUCUGUCCUACGCCGUUCUCGUCCACGAGUCCUCCCUUUUCCAUCGGGCGAGUGGCCUCCAGCGUGCGUCCAUCGGUGCCGCUUGUCCUCGCUGCCGGAUCUCCGAUCCCUCGUCGUAAAGUCUCUUUGCGGCCAGAUCUCGCUUUCUGUUGCAUCUCGUCGCUUCCGGGUUUUUGUAGCUGUUGCUUCUCCUUCACCUCGCUGCGGUUUCUCCUCGCGGCGGCUUCUUCCGCUGCUUCUCUUUGCCCCCAAAAAGCACUCUCUCCCGCAUAUUCACACAACCGAAAAGCAAUACAUUAGCUUUCUGAAGUUCUCUUCUCCCAUCUGCAAUCCGCCGUUCCUCUUGGACAGAAAAGUUAAAGGCCAUGCAUAAGGAAAACAAUAUUGGUGAUCCUUCGUCAAAUUCAACAACUCGGCUUCGACAUCGGAAACGAUCUAGUGAGCUUCCACCAGAGGUCCCCAAAUCUGAUGGAUCUCAGUUUCUUGUCAACGACCCAAAAAAAUACAAGUCAAUGCUCAUUAGGACAUAUUCAACAAUUUGGAUGAUAGGAGGCUUCAUAUUUAUUAUCUACAUGGGUCAUCUGUACAUUUGGGCUAUGGUUGUUGUCCUCCAAAUCUUUAUGGCAAGGGAGUUGUUUAAUCUGCUCAGAAGAGCUAAUGAAGAUAGACAGCUUCCAGGUUUCAGGCUUUUGAAUUGGCAUUUCUUCUUCACUGCUAUGUUGUUCACCUAUGGACGAUUUCUCAGCCAGCAUCUUGUUAACACUAUAACUACAGAUAAGUUGUUAUACAGGCUCGUGAGCUGGAUUGUCAAAUAUCAGAUGUUUAUCUGCUACUUUCUUUAUAUUGCAGGCUUUGUGUGGUUCAUCCUUACCUUGAAGAAAAAGAUGUACAAGUAUCAAUUUAGCCAAUAUGCAUGGACGCAUAUGAUUCUUCUUAUGGUGUUCGUACAGUCAUCUUUCACUGUUGCAAAUAUAUUUGAUGGGAUAUUCUGGUUUCUCUUACCAGCCUCUCUUAUUGUCAUCAAUGACAUUGCUGCAUAUUUGUUUGGGUUCUUCUUUGGGAGAACACCAUUGAUUAAACUGUCUCCGAAAAAAACAUGGGAAGGUUUCAUUGGUGCAUCAGUUACAACCAUUUUAUCUGCAUUUUUGUUGGCAAAUAUUUUUGGUCGCUUUCUAUGGCUAACAUGCCCAAGAAAGGACUUGUCCACGGGGUGGCUUUCCUGUGAUCCUGGUCCUAUGUUUAAGCCUGAAAUUUACUCCUUGCCUCGAUGGGUGCCUCAAUGGUUUCCAUGGAAGGAAACAUCAAUUAUGCCCGUGCAAUGGCAUGCCUUAGCUCUUGGUUUGUUUGCAUCGAUUAUAGCACCAUUUGGAGGAUUCUUUGCCAGCGGAUUCAAAAGGGCUUUCAAACUUAAGGAUUUUGGUGAUAGUAUUCCUGGACAUGGUGGCAUCACAGAUAGAAUGGAUUGUCAAAUGGUCAUAGCCGUGUUUGCAUACAUAUACUACCAAUCCUUCAUCAUGUCUCAGAACUUUUCCGUUGAGAUGAUUCUGAACCAGAUUUUGAGAAACCUUAGCCUGGAAGAGCAACAACUUCUGUACGGGCAACUCUCCAAAAUCUUAGAAGAAAGACAUUUUUUGCAAUAUUGAAGCUGGUCCUUCCAUCACCUGCACAUAUGCUAUUGUCCAUUAACUAAUUGCUCCCAUGCUGCUCUAUAAUGGCUCAUAUUUUACAAACUUGAGCUUGUACAGUCUUUGAAACUGUCCUUCGUUUGGUUGCAGUUCAGAGAGAUCUGCCCAUUCUUUGAAGCAUAUUAUUAUUUCAGUGCAACUCCUGCGAGCUAAUACAUCUAAAAUGGCCAAAUUCGAUAGUUUUAGUAUCUCUCUCUGUCGAAUAGUUACUUCUUAAGAAGCUCUCAUGUAUAGAAGAAGUAUUUAGGCCGUUGCAGUAUUGAAGUAAUUCCGCUGAGCCUUUUUCCUUUUCUUUAGGUUGGGGAAGAUAAAAUGAGGAAAGGUGCAGUUGUGAAGUAAAUGCCGCCCGGACAGUGUACCUCUAUUGUUGUAACAGAGCCUGGUAAUUUUACUAGAUUGUGUUAAAUUUAAAUUGAUUAUUAAAUACAUUUUAAUUUAAGUGA